UGCAAGGAUCGUAAACUUCCUGGCUUGCAAUCGCUCGGCUACCAGGACGGCAGGGAGAGAGAGAGAUCCUGGGCAGACAGUGAUGGGCUUGAUCUUCAGGUAGAUUGCUGCGAGCUACAGGGGGCUCAUUUUUGCGGCACACGUCCAACUUCGAGAGAUCUUUUCAGAUUCCACUUGCUGCUAACUAUUUUUCAUGGUGAACAUGCCAUCCAGAACAAAUCUUGCUGCUUCAACGCCUAGUAGCAAAGUGAAAUAUUCCAAGCUUGCCAGUACUGAUGACGGCUACAUUGACUUGCAGUUCAAGAAGAGCCCUCCAAAAAUCCCCUACAAGGCUAUUGCGCUGGCUACUGUGCUGUUCUUGAUUGGCACCCUUCUCAUUAUCAUUGGAGCCCUCCUCCUCGCAGGAUACAUCAGCCAGGGAGGAACAGACCGAGCUAUCCCUGUCUUGAUUAUCGGGAUCCUGGUUUUCCUUCCAGGCUUCUAUCAUUUGCGCAUUGCAUAUUUUGCUUCCAAAGGCUACAGAGGUUAUUCCUAUGAUGACAUCCCAGAUUUUGAUGACUAAGAAUAUUCUGCUGAAUAAGAACAUUUCUUUAAAAGUUCUUUGCUGUGGCAACUUGACUGAAAAUUGGGUCCAAGGAGCAAAAAAAGCCUGUGCACCUGAUUUAGCCAAACAGGCCUGUUAUUGCACAAUGCAACUUGGCAAGUAUUGAAAACCAUUGGCAUAGGUUUUCUGCAGAAUUUCUCUUUCUGAUGGAAAGAUUAGGUGAAAAUGUUGCAACAUCAUGCAAAGCAAACAUGUAAGCAGCUGUCUGGGGAAACAUUUCCUCUUUUUGAGAAAACGUUUUUGAUGGUUAAUAAAAUGCAGCUGUGCUUGUUGCCCAAUGGAAUGGAUGCACAGGUGUGUGUGAGUAAGAAAAAGAAAUUCAGGUAUUAAAUCUAUAGUAUUUCUCAACAGCUUUUUUUUAAAAGUCCAUUAUCGUUUAGAGCAGGACACCUGCAAUACUGGAAUAAGUGUGUAUCCCCUUUUGAAUGACUACAUCUCAGUAAUAUUUGUUCAGACAAAUUAAUUGGAUGGAAUCCAGCCAUUGUGGCCACUGCAAGUUAACACUUGGUGCAUGAUUGGGACCCGAAGAGGACAAUAGUUUGUGACCCCCUCCUGGGAACUGGCUCAGGGAAGACUUCAAAGUAAAUAAAAAACAAGUAAUACAUCAAAUCAGAUUUGUGUUUUGAAGCAGAAAAUAAAAUCCUUUGCUGCACAGGCAUACAUCCUGUCUGUUCCUUGCAUCUCAUACACAGGCCAAGAAAAGGAAAAAGUCAUUUCUCAGAUCCUGCCAUAAUGAAUAAAGGCACAGGUGUGAUAUCCAUGACUAGCAAACCCUUUCGUGUCACCAUUUGACUGUCUGGUUGAUGCAGAAUGCACCAGAGUUUCAUGUCGAACAGACUGGAGUCAUUGGCAGGCCUUGCUGAGCCUCCUCCUUCCCGGAAUGAGAUUGUAGGUGUGUAGCAAGUGCCACAUCAAAGGUUCCUCAGUGUCAGUGAACUUCAGUGUACAUGGUCAGGCAGGACCCUGCUUUGCCUCUGUUGUGGGCACUGCCUAAAUGCUAUGCAAUGUUCCUGAAUUAGAUGCGUGGAAAAUCUUAUCUACCCAUAUACAAGUUAUUCUUUGGCAUUAGGUUUUUUGAGCUGCGUGAUUAUCUCUGGAUCAUUCAACUUUAUUUUCAGUUUAUAGAAUGGAAGAAAGCAUAAGUAUGCAAUGAGAAGCUGUAAUCUACGGUUACAGAAUAUGUAUUUAAUACAAAUAAAGACUGCAUUUCAUUUGA